AUGCAAAACUCUAAGCUCUUUACGCCUCUUACAAUUGGCACCAAUCACCUCCAACAUCGCAUGGCUAUGGCUCCGACGACGAGAUUCCGUGCUAAUGCAGCUGGCGUCCCGCUGCCAUUUGUUAAGGACUACUAUGAGCAGCGAGCUUCUGUUCCAGGAACUCUGAUCAUAACCGAGGCAACUGAUAUCUCCCCCGAGGCAGGCGGCUUUGCCAAUAUCCCGGGCAUUUGGACAGAUGCCCAGAUGCAAGCGUGGCGAGAAAUUGUGGAGCGGAUCCACUCACGCGACUCGAUCGCAUUUUUGCAAAUUUGGGCGACCGGUCGCGGUGCGGAGCCUGAGAUCCUGGCCGCCAAUGAUCGUGAAUAUGUCUCCUGCAGUGAGAUUCCGCUAGAGGGGGGCCCGAAGCCACGGGCCCUUACUGAGACCGAGACAAAAUGGUAUAUCCAGGAGUACGCGAACGCGGCCCGGCGUGCCAUCGAAGUUGGUUUCGAUGGUGUGGAAAUCCACGGAGCCAAUGGGUACCUGAUCGACCAGUUUUUGCAGGAGUCGAGCAACCAGCGCAAAGACCAAUGGGGAGGUACUAUAGAAAAUCGCGCCCGCUUUGCCCUCGAAGUCACGAAAGCAGUGGUGCAAGCUGUCGGGGCUAACCGCGUGGGUGUCAAGCUGUCGCCUUGGAGUCAGUAUCAGGGAAUGGGCACCAUGUCGGGCCUGGUGGACCAGUUCCAUUACCUGAUUCGGCGAUUGCGGGAUCUGGACAUUGCCUAUCUCCACCUUGCUAACUCGCGGUGGCUGGACGAGGACACCACUCACCCUGACCCACACCAUGAGGCGUUCAUGCAUGCAUGGGGAUCUGACAAACCCAUCUUGCUGGCAGGUGGAUACAAUGCUGAUUCUGCCAAGUAUCUGGUGGAUGUUGUUUACGGAUCCUAUGACAAUGUGGCUGUUGCCUUCGGCCGCUUUUUCAUUUCCACUCCUGAUCUGCCGUUCCGUGUAAAGAAAGGCAUUGAACUUGCUCCAUACGACCGCGCUGCGUUUUACACGUCGUUGUCAAAGGAAGGUUAUUUGGAUUACCCGUUCAGUUCAGAAUUCAUCGCUGCUCGUCAAGCUUAG